AUGGGCAGAAGAAGGUUCAAGAGGAAUUUGACAUAGACAUGGAUGCGCCAGAGACAGAGCGGGCGGCUGUGGCGAUACAGUCCCAGUUCAGAAAAUUCCAGAAGAAAAAAGCGGGGUCCCAGUCUUAGUAGCUACCUCACAGCUUAAAAGAAAGUAAUCCUGAAAUGAUUUAUCAAGAAAAUCAGAAAUAACACAAAGAUGCACGUACAGAAAUUAUCAAUAUUUAAAACCCCAUUGGUAGAUAACAAACCAUGAGCUUGUGUGUGUGACUUCAGCCCAGAUGUUUCACACCCAUUAUCCUCUGUAACUCACCAUUUUACUUGAUGUUGUAAUAAAAAGUUAGGGUGAAGUAAUUAAAGUGUCUGCCUUCAUCUGUCUUUUCAUAUUAAUCCAGCAACCACAGUGUUACAAAUGCACCCAGCCCAGAUGCCUGUUUUCCUCUUCACGUAAAGCUUGGAGACAUAACAGCACCGUAUGUUACAAGAUUUUUGCUGAGGGAUGAGAGCACGCAUCUCAGCCCUGCUUACCUCAUUUGGAGAAUUCCAGCUGCCAGCCAAAUGUGACAAUAAAAUUACUUUCUCAUAAUGAGCUGGAAAUAAAAAGUUGCAGACAGAAGCUGGCAUGAGGGGAAGAGGUGUAGGAAGCAGUGAGCAGUUUAUUUUUGUCUUGCAAUUAUGCCAAUAAAGUGGCUUAAGUGGAGAAAUUGUCCCUGUCCUUCCUCUUUGCAUGAUAACGUUCAGAAUUACUCAGCUUGGAGCACAUCGACUGUUACAGGGGAAAAAGAAAAAAUCAGACACAAAAUACAAAA